AUGUUUACAAUGCCGAAACCCUCGGAUUACGAUGAUGUUACUGAGACACCCUCUUGCUCCUAUGCCAGAAACCUGCUGUUUACCAGUCUCUACAGGGAAGAGAAGCAGAGUAGACUAGCAAUACUCGGAGCAAUAGGGUCACUUGUUGAAGAAUGGACACAUUACUAUCUUCGCCACACAAGAGAUCUCACCCAUCACCCUAGUGGAUUCCGUCCGCUUCAUCAAUCCAUCAACCAAAGUCCCCGAGCGAGCUUUACAACGGCCAGAAAUUUAAAGCGAGAAUCUUCUUCAAAACUUGGACUAGAAUUUGACGAUGUAUUCGACGACUUCGAUGGUGAUUCGGAUCCAAGGAUUGUAUCCGCAAGUAGGAGUCCUAUAGCUGUUCCUUUGACUCCGACCUAUGAUUCAGGCUUCGGAGACGAUGAUGAUGAACGACCUGAUUUUAUCUCUCCGACUUUUACGAUAUCGUACAAUACCUCGGUUUUGGCCAUCUUUGAGCAUAUACUGAAUGCAGACGACCGCAGCAGGUUGGAGGAUCUGAAAGAUGAAGUGUUGACAGUGCAUGAAAUGAAAAAUAACCUUGAUAACUACUAUCUUACGCUAUUGAGGUUGUCGACAGACUGCCCACAUAAGGAUAUUAGGAUCAGCAGUCGGAUGGUUCUCCAGAGGGUUGUUAAUAGCGGCAUGCAGUUGCUCGAGCCUGUUAGCACGGGUCCUUCACGCCUGAUUCCAUUUCACGAAACGAUUGGACUUCACAAAUUCAACGCCAUGUUGAGAACCGAUAGUAACAAGCUCAAUGAAAUCCAAGACAACUCGGAUGAAGAGGAUGAAGUUCCUAUAUCACCUAUCCACGACAGUGUUAUGUCGGGCGCUGCCUCAAUUGCGAUCCCCGGCCAAUCGUGGCAUACAUUCCACGGACGAUCCAGGUCAAGGGGCCGUGGGGCUAGUAACAGCAUGUCCUACAGAGGGAAUAGACGUUAUAAUCAAUCAUUUGGCUUUACAGGCUCGAACUCUGACCGUGGAACACCACUUUCACCACCCUCUGGAAAUGAUAUAUUAUUCGGACAACCAGUGCGCGAACGCAGGAGGAGGAAGCACUCGUCAUCACAGGGAAGUUCACAAGGUAGCACCACUUCGUCCAGGCCGGCGUCUAAAGAAGUCCAUUCAUUUCACAAGGUCGCAUGGAUGACGCAGGGAAGGGUGACAAAUAUGAACAAAAUUCUCUCUUUCUUCCCGAAAUAUGCGACGGUCAACAUGGAGACUAUCGAUGGAUUAGUAAAUCGGCCUGGAAGCGCUCUCUCCCGUGUUUGGAAAUUGUACAUCGGUAUCCUUGCCGCUGCAGAGCAUAAAUGUCAAUAUUUUGUCUCGUUGCUCUCAAGAUACUUUCUGGACUACGGCGGCAAUAGGACCUGGCUUCGCGGUUUGGAAUAUGCGCCAAAGAAACUUCAACGAUUAGCAAAACUCAAUACCUUACUUGCUCACCAACCAUGGCGACUAACACACGGUGAUAUCCAAGAUCUAAUCAAAGGCACAAACAACCCAUCUGAUGAACUGGGUGACAACUGGUCAACCUCAGAAGUCGUUCUGGCCCUUUGCAUCCUCUCUUAUUAUCACGCGCAAUCCGGCUUCGCCCUUGCCUGCGGAUUGGUUCCAGAAACCGAUCUCCCCGGUGGAACAGUAGGAUCUAUCAAAAACACUACUCUAUCUAUAGUCCCCUACCUUCAGGUCCCCUCUAAACUCACUAAAGAUGCGGACAAAGAAAACGCAUCUACGGAAAUGAAGCGACUUGACCUCCCGCGCACACCAUCUCCAGGAAUAUCUCUGUUGACCCGUAAACGUCAACAAAUGACGCUCCCAGAUGAGGGCAGCUCUGGAUCACCUGACAAAUGGUUGAAAACGCCUACAGGUUCGAUUCCAGCCUCUCAUGACGUUUCUCCGCUUGCCCAGACCUUCCGCGUCGGCAGUGGCCAUACCACUACCACCCCGAUAAUCAACGACCAAAGAUCACUCAAACUUCAAAAACGCCGCAAAUCCUUCGAAGAUUGUGUUACCGCCGAAGAUAUCCCCCCUCCAGCCCUUUCAACCUCUCUCUCCGCUCCGGGCUCAUACAUCCCUGUCUCCAGUGUCUCGCAAUAUCACACAGCCACCACAGGCCGAGAGUUCUUUCUCUCUCCAUCAUCGUCAACCUCAUCACUUGUUGAAUCUUCUACAAAAUCGCUGAAUGAACAAGUUCCCAUUAAUGUCUUUGCGGAAGACACAGCCCGCUUCCUAUUAUCGCCUUCGAAAACAGGAAUAGCAGGUGUAAGUGACUCAGGUUUUCAUGAAGAGUUUAAUCUAAACAGCGAAGAGUACUCGUUCCUCCCUAUGGAGGAAUUCGACUGGGAAAGACACGCGUGUGAGGUAAUCGGUGAAUAUGUGGAAGGCCUCGAAGACGUUCUCGACUCGCACUUCCAAGCUGUUCGAAAAAUAUAUGAAGAUAAUAGUAACUUCGAGAACGAAGAACCGCUAUCCCACUCACAGCAAUACCAACAGAAUAGCUACUACUCCAGCCAGCCAUACAGUGGUCGCGCUAGCCGUGUAGGCAGCAUAGCUGGUAUCUCUGAAUUCUCAAUCUUCGAUGGCGCAGAAUCAUUCUACACUCCAAAUUCCCGUCUCCAAUCACCCAUCGAAGCCUUCCAUCCCCCCACGCUAUCACAACAGACAACAGAUACGUCAUCAUCUUCCAGAUUCUCCGCUCACGGCCAACCAACAAGUAGUCCCAACGUCACUGCGCAAGAUAUUCCCCAUCUUAGCGAGGCAGUUUGGUUCUAUUCACUGCGUCUUUUGGGAAUCCAAAAGGAUGAUUACUCCUACAGUCAUAUUAAAUUCUUCUUACCAAAGGGAUCUCGCGUGUUCUUACGCAGAAUAUGCGAGCAACCUGAGUUAAUUAGUAUGAGGGAUUGGAAAGGCGUGGGGAUGGGGUUGAAGAGUGAAGAUGUAGUGUUGACGGCACUGCUAGCGACGCAGGCAAGGUUCAUGGGAGAACUAUUGUAUGGAAUCAAGGCGGUUUGCGAGUAUAGAGAGUCGAGGUAUUAG